AUGGCCGACAACUCUCAGAACCUGAUCCUGUUCUGUCUUGUUGAUGGACUGCCCUCGUCCAGGGCAUUCGAGAUCGAGGUCUCUGAGAGACGUACCAUUGCUCACCUCAAGGACCUUAUCAGGGCGAAACAAUCACCUGCGUUCAACGACAUCACAGGGGACCAGCUCUCCCUCAGCCGUGUCUCCAUUCAUGACGACGGUACCAUUCACGACAAGACGGAGCUAAACAACCCUAGAGCACUCCUUUCCACGCUGUUUGCCGCGAGUCCCGACGACAACACCUACAUCAUCGUCCAGCGACCUCCUCAAGCCGAUACCUCAUCUACUAGCGCAGCUGCACCAUUACUUAGCAUGUCCGAUGUGUUGAAUCGGAUGCUGCCUGCCCUGCGUCGGAGAUUCAGGCCUGAUGACGUCCGUUUUAAUCCUCACCUUCUCCUCUCGAAUGAAGAGUCUGUCAGCUCCGCCUUGGAUGCCAAUGUCUAUGAAGUCCUGAACCGUCUACUGUCCGUUGGUCGGAUUGGAAUGCACCCCGAGGCCGAGGUGGUAGGAAGGCCGGACCGCGUUUACUAUCAACCUCCAAGAGAUGCACGAGUACUCAUUGAGAUCAAGACGAAUAGGGCCUUGGCCUGUGACGAUCUCGUAGCAAAGUACAGGGAAGACAUGGAUCUUGUCGCCAGGAAUGAAACACCAGCAAACCCCACGUGGCGCCAGGUCCACCAGAUAUUCGGCUAUCUUUCUCACAACAACCUGCGGUAUGGCGUCCUCACUACCUACCACCAGACCUGGUUUAUGAGGACAGAUGCGGGGAGAAUAUGGAUAUCGCCCACGAUUUAUCACGACAACAUCACCCCAACAUUGCUACAGUGCUACAUGUAUCUCAUUGGGUUUGCCGGCCAAGAUCAUACCACUCCGCCUGCUCCACCGUCCCCCCCGCCAGACCCUGAUGAUGACGACGACGGUGACAAUGGCGGUGGCGGUGCCUCGAACGACGGUGGGUACCAGGGACGAAAGCAGCAUGCCGGAAAGCAAGGUCAGCGGCACUCCAGUAUCAUUACAAGGAGCAGGAGCAAGAUUCAGCAGAUCUUCCGAGGACAGAGCAUAGUCCGACAGCUUCCAAAUGGACUGACCGUGACAGUUGGGAAGCUAUACCUGCAUGAAUUUGAGAUCCAAGAGGUUCUUGGAGAGGGUCGAAAUGGACGUGUUUUUCGCGCAAUGUGGGGGGACGAACAAGUGGCGUUGAAGACAUGCGAUUUGUACAAAAAUCCGGAGUAUGAAGACGAGAUGCUCACGGAGGUGGCCGUGUACGAGGCACUUAAAGUCCUUCAAGGUGUCUGCAUUCCCCAUAUCAAGACUGCAGGAUAUGAUGGAGGCAUAUUUGUCGUCGCGAUGGAGAUUGUGGGAUCUCCCAUGGAGGUAGACACGCUGAGCCAUGAGGAGCGCUUGAAGAUCGUCGACCAUUUGUCGCUGAUUCACCAGCAUGGGAUCGUCCAUAACGACAUUCGGCCCCACAAUAUCCUUGUUCGCCGCUGUGAUGGUGGAUUCCAAGUCCGAUUCAUUGACUUUUCGUUAUCAAGGCGUACCUAUGAUAAGCAUGCGCUGAAGAAGGAGAUAAUCCAGCUGGAAUGUCUACUUUGGCCCAGUGGACGCACCUGA